GAUAUCACAAUUUACCACUGAAUACUUAGGUAAUCUCCACAUCCAUUUAAUUCCACAAAAAUUUGAUGGUUUGUAAAUUUGUAAAGAAAAUAUUUGUUAAAUGUUUGGUUAGAUAUUAAGUGCACAUGGUAUACAAUUUCAAAGGCACAGAGUGUGCAAUGAAGUCUUUUUUCCAUCCCCAACCCAUUUUCCUCUCCAAAGGUAACCACUGUUAUACUAUAUAAGCUCAUUGUUCUUCUGUCUUUGAUAAUUUAUCUCAAGCAGAUUUCAAUGGCUAGCAGUGUAACUGGCAUGUGAAGGGCAUAAACAGUAAGUAGUAACCCUAUUAACUGUCAGGGUUUGUAGUCAGUCACUUCUUACCUUCAUUAGAUAGGUGAAUGCAUGUCAGCCCAGGUGAUGUUAGAAUUCAAGAACAAAUGACUUAAAGAAGGUUUGAUUUCUUGCUCAUAUUCUGUGUCCUUUUGGGCUCUAUCUUUGGCCUUUGCCUCUGGAAUGGAGGCUGAGCUGCUUUUGGGGACUGCUGAUGUGGCAGAGGCAAAGAAGACUGGUGGAACCCCACAGUGCCUUUUAAAGCUUCUGCUUGGAAGCAGGUCAGAUUCUGAGACACAUCAUGUCCAAUUUUGAAGAUGCUGACACGGAAGAGACAAUAACUUGUCUCCAGAUAACUGUUUACCAUCCUGUCCAGCUGCAAAGUGGAAUGUUCCAAUCCAUAAGGUUUUAUAACCGAGAAAAACUUCCCUCCAGUGAAGUGGUGAAAUUUGGCCGAAAUUCCAAUAUCUGUCAUUAUACCUUUCAGGACAAACAAGUUUCCCGAGUUCAGUUUUCUCUGCAGCUGUUUAAAAAGUUUGAUAGUUCAGUUCUCUCUUUUGAAAUAAAAAAUAUGAGUAAGAAGACCAGUCUGCUUGUGGACAACAAGGAGCUGUGCUACUUAAAUAAAAUAGACCUGCCUGACAAGUGCAUGGUCAGAUUUGGUGACUAUCAACUCCUGAUAGAGAAGGAAGAUGGAGAGUCAUUAGAAUUUUUUGAGACUCAAUUUAUUUUGUCUCCAACAUCACUCUUGCAAGAAAACAACUGGCCACUACAGAAGCCCAUACCUGAGGAUGGCUGUUACUCAUCCUAUUCUACCCAAAACACUUUUCCUACAGAAAUGGAUGAAAAUGAAUUGUGAACACAGAGGGCUAAGAGGAGAAUCGUGAAGGAUGAAGAAAUCUGUAGACAUUUUAUAGAUAUUUCACAGUUUAUUAGUAUAUUACUGUUAUCUGUUAUUAAAUUUGGGAUCUCUUAUCAUUUUGAAGUCUGUAAAUUAUAUUAGUCAUUGAUUUAGUCGUCUGUUGCAUUCCUAGAUGUAUGAAGAAUUCUUAAGUGUAUUUAAGUGUACCUCUGUGAACAUUAAUGUACAAAAAGCAUCCUUGGUGAUGAAGGAAUAGUGUUCUCAAAAUAGUUAUAUUAUUUUCUUUUUAUGCUUGAUUUUAGCCCUAUGUUUUGCAAGGAAACACCUCUUAGUUUGGUCAUAUUAUUUCACAAGCGGCUCUUUAUUUUCAAUGUCAAGGCCAUGGUUGAGUUGCUCCUGGUGGUGUAGCCUGUUGGUACUUGCAGUGCUAGAGUACUGCAACACAGCAUGAUGUGUUUUGGAGCACUGUCUAUGCGUCAUUGUGGUUUUAUUAUAGGAAGCCUUAUUUGAGCAAUAAUACCUUUUCUAUGAUUUCCUUUUUGUAGAAUUGUGGUGUUUAUUUCCAAAAGUAGUUCUCCAUAUCUAUAUUCAUAUCUAAAACCAAUAUUUUAGACAUUUUAAUAAACCAUUGCUAUGUUUAGAAUUUUUUUGUUUUCUUACCAAAUAUUACAUUGAUUUUUAUGUACUACACACUUUAAAAAAAAUUUUUUUUAACAUUUAUUCAUUAUUGAGAGAGAGAGACUGAGCAUGAGCCGGGGAGGGCCAGAGAGAGAGGGAGACACAGAAUCUGAAGCAGGCUCCAGGCUCUGAGCUGUCAGCACAGAGCCCGAAGUGGGGCUCGAACUCACAAACCGCGAGAUCAUGACCUGACCCGAAGUAGGACGCUCAACCGACUGAGCCACACAGGCGUCUCUACUACACACUUUUAAAUUGCAUGAAUUCAAAAUUUUAACAGCAUCCAUGCACAUAAUAAAGUUGAAGUUUAGGGGCACCUAACCGAUUCCUUGGUUAAGCAUCUGAUCUUAAUUUCAAGGUCAAGAUUAUCACGGUCACGAGGUUGAGCCCCGUGUCGGGCUCUGCACUGAGUGUGGAGUCUGUUUAAAAUUCUCUCACCCUCUGCCCCUCCUCCAUUCUUUCUCUCUCUCUCUCCAAAAAACAAGGUCUAAGUUUAAUUCUAAACAUUUUUUUGAAAUGUUUGAAAUUUUUUUGAAAUUCUUUCUGAAGACAGAACUGUUCUUAGACUGCUUGCUGUAAGGGAGGAGUGCUGUAGGCCUCAGGCAGAGGAGGCUGUGGCUGGGGAUUAAGUCACCACCAUCUGCACCUCAGUGCCUAUUGGCUCCAAUUCUCAUCUUCCUCACUUCACAUGGUGGCACACGGCCACUAGUAGUUCCUGUGACACCACAUUCUUUGGUUUCCUGUAUUCUUGUGUUUGCUUCUGAUGGCUGUUUUUCUACCCCUGUUCUCUAAAUAUCAAUAGUUGGGCUUCUCUGCCUAUAUGCUUCCCCAGGGUGAUCUUACCUAGUGUAAUGACUUCAAAUACCAUUUACCUACUAAUGACUCCUAAACUUGUACCUUGACCUCUUCUUCUCUGAGCUGCAGACAUAUAUCCCAUCACCUUCUUGAGACCUUCAUUCAGAUUUCUCAUAAACAUCUCAAAUUUAAUUUCCCAAAACAGAACUCUUAAUUUCCUCCACCUUCCUAAAUCUGUUCCUGCCACUGCAUUCAUUAAGUUAGAAACCAAAAAACUAUUGACAAGCAUAGUUGCAGCUCUUAGGUUGGCUGUCACACUUCCAUAGAUUUAGCCAGCAGGGAGACAAUGAGCUCAAAUAGACUUAGUCUAUUACUUACACAGAUAGCAAAAGGAAGAUCAGCAUGGAGUCAGUGUCCCACAUCCCUGGUCCCUACGGAUGUCCGUGGGACACUGGACCCCAGAGGCUAAAUGACACAUAAAUGGAGGGUAGCUCUGUUGUUGAAAAAGCCGUCUCUAAUGAACUCCAGCCAAACAGUUUUAUUAGCCUACAUCUGUAGUGAAUGGGGGUGGGGUGAAAAUCCCAUGCUUCACUAGAACCAAGGAGUUGGGUGAGAAAUUGCCUCAUCGCGGCCUUCUGCAAGACAGGGAAGCAGAUGAUAAAUGGCUUUGUCACAGCUCCUCUAAGACUGCCUAUCUUGCCAUGUUCCAGGAAGGAUCAUAGGGCUUUGUCAAGACAGGCUGGACUGGGGUUGAGUGUUGCUAGGUAGAUAUGCAGUGAGCAAGGUCACCAGGUCACUGUGCUGGAAGCAUUAUCCUACAGUUAUCUUGGAUCCCACUCCUUUUUGGCCCCCAUAUCUAACCCAUUAGAAAAUCUUGUUAAUUCUUCCUCUAAAGUUUAUCAGCUCUGCAUUGGUAUCAUCAUUAUCAACCCAAGUCACACCAUGUCCCAUUGCAAGUAUCACUCUUGCCCUCUUAUAACCCAUUCUCUAUACAGCAGCUAGAGGAAUUUUUCAAAAAUGCAACUCUGAUCACUCUACACUCUAGCUUAGAAAAAGUCAGUGGCUUUAUACAUCAAAUAAAAUGAAUUCUUAACCAUAGUCUAUAAGGCCUUACAUGAUCUGGCCCUAAAUACCCCUCAGAUAUCAUCUCAUAUUACUCUACCUCACAAUGCUUCAGUCCCAGUGGUCUUUUCAUUCUCAGAACAUACCAAACAUUCUCCUUCACCUCAGGAACUUUAUAUUUGCUGUUCCUCUUGCUUAUAACCUGUGUCACCAGGCUUUUUACAUGGGCUGGUUCCUGCUCAGCAAUUAGGUCUCAGCUCAAAUGUCCUCUCCUCAGAGAAGGCUCGCUUGACCUACCAAAAGUAAUCCGCUCGUCUCCAGCUAUCCUGCAUCCUCUCCUCUUGUAUGUUUCCUAAUUGUGAUCUGUGGUUUUCUUGUUUAGAUGUUUACUUGUUACUGUCUUGUCUCUCUCAUCAGAAUGUAGGCAAAAGAGCUUGGACAUUUUAUGUCUUUUUACCACGAUAUCCCUAAUACCCUAUCAGACACAGAUUCUCUAAUAUCUGCUGAAUAAAUAAAUGCUAUUUCUAGUGUUUUUUAUAAAUAUAUAAAACAAGAAAAUUUAUAUCCUCUUCUUAGCAGUUAAAACAAACAUUUUAAAAUUUAGUUCCACCCUGCUUUCCUAAUUCACUCCUUUUUGUCUUCCCAGCAGAUUUAGUAAAAUAAUUAUGCCCUAGGAGUCGGAAUUAUUGCAUUUUUAUAGAGUAAAACUAGUAAUAAUCAAAUAAUUUAUUAUUUUUAAAUGUAAAAAUGUGUUUAUUCACAAUCCUUGAGAAGUUACCAUUCCUUCAAAAAAUUUUUUAUGAACAAAAUGCCAAGAAAAAUUACAAUAGUAGCUUAUGCCAAACCAAAAAUAUACAUCUGAUGUAUACAAACUUUAAAAAGCGUAACACAGGCAAUGUGAAUAUAGAUUACUUUUAAAAUAUUUCCAGUGACAAAGCUACAACUUAAAUUAUGUUCAGACAAUCAUAAAUAACAGCAUUACCUAAUAUAUUUACAUAUUUAAAGUAUCAUAUUUAUUUCUAUGAGAUUAAAAAAGAUGAAACUAUAGAUGUCAUUGCCUAGCAGUUCAAAUAUUGAAAGGGCCACAUGAUUUUGUUUUAAGUACAGCAAGAACUUUAAGUUACUAUUUAUAUCUGGACCUUCCUAUAUUUUUGAGAACAUGCACUGUCAUUGCUGCAAGGAAAAAAAAAAAAAAACACA